AUAGCUACAGAUCAAACUACUAAGGCUAACAGCAAAGAAGAGGACAUUAACCGAGCUUUAGUAAAAGUAAAGCAAGGUCUCCACACUGUGAAAGUUUCCCAGUUUGACGCGACCCAGGUUCAACGAGAAAUUGAGGGCGAACUAUUUGACAAAUGGCACGAGGCUUGCGAGGUAUGAGGUAUUAUUGAUGUCAGGGCUAAAGGCCAAGCGUCUCUUAUAUACUUUUAACUACUUAAAACCAAAAAUUUAAAACGAAUAAGCUACUGACCCCCCUCCCGCCCACCACACCCAUCUGAGAAGCUUAUAGUCCAUGAAAUUUAUUGUGUUAUAAAGGCUGGUUGUCACUCACGAAAUUUGGCUGCGUUCAGUUCACGGUUAAUGUUAAUAGGUCAAUCCUUUCGUAUCAAAGGGAUUCUACCCAAAUCGUAAAUUAGGCCGAUUUUUGUGUUUAGAAUGUUUUCCUUGAGAAAUUGGAACGACAAACUGCUACGUGUAAACUACCCUUUAGAUUAAGCAUUACAAUAUCAAAUACUCAGUAACCUCAUACUGUUACUUUUGAAAAACAGAAAAAGGAACUCGACUGCAGAUUUAUUUCAUUUUGUGGCGGCAUUACAUGCCAAGAACACGAUAAUUUGUCAAAUUAACUGAAAUGAAAAAUAGGCUUCAGUUGUCGGCAAGCCUGACGACAAACAAAUUUCUAGAUGUUGCAUUGAAGUUUUCGUUCAGGAAUUCACCUGACAAAAUUUUAACCAAGCGGGGUGAGGGGAGACUAUGUUUUUUCCUGGAGUGUGACCACAAGCGUGGCCAAGCAAAAAACAAAGCUUAAGAAAUUUAUUUGUGAAAAUUUUCCUCGUAACUCGCAAGCCGAACACACGAAAAUUCAAUCUAGAUUUUUACUCCAGCAACUCCCUUGGUUGCCCCUUAAAUGGAUAAUUUUGAGCCAAAAUGUGACGCAACAUACAUUGCUGGAACACCCUUCCCUACCCUACUGAGUUUUCUACCCCUACUCUCAGAGUCUGUACGGACGACAGACUUACGCUAACGUCAUAAGCAAAUUUUCUGGCAUCGGUAGGUUACCAUUUUCUAUUAGCUAUUGAGCUACGCUGCGCGCGCUUCGCGCGCUCGGUUGUUCUACUAUCAAAGGUUUUCCAAAUAUAAUCAAAUGAAAAUACCACUCUGAGUGUCGAGCGUGUGCAAAAAUAAAUAUCUAAUAUCUAAACAGGUAAUGGAAGCUAAAGGUAUUGCCAUUGAGAGUAUCCAAGGCUUCCUGGAUCAUCUUCAGGACGCUUAUGAGGGUAUUGAUGAAGAGAUGAGAAAGAAAAUGAACGGAAUCGAGUGGGCAAAAGAAUGGGCAUAUAAGGUAAUGGAGUUUAAAUACAACGCCUCAAGUGAUUCUAGUGCCAGGUACGGAAUGAUAGCGUUUGGCAAAUCGAAAGAUGGAAAGUUUGUAGACUGCAUGUACUGCCUCUACAAGCUGGAUUUUAAAGUUGCCCCUGAGAGAAUCAUCACCACAAAACAACAUUCAGUUUUGUGGGGUCUGGUCAAAUGGCAAACUGUGGAAGAGAGAGUACAGGAAAGAGUGCUUGGCGUGAAGUCGCUGAAACGCAUCAAAAAUUUCUUCCGCUUUAAGGCCCUGGAAGGCUUUUACAAAGAAGGUCUCAUCGACCAAAUUAAUGUGGUGCCAUCUAUUGAAGAUGUGGCGGAUGCGGACAAGUAG